AGCUCUCAGAGCCUGUGGAACAGGCUGUCUGUGCUCCUGAACCUUCUGCCUUCUGCCGCAGACCUGCAGGAAUCAGGGCUGGCCCUGUGUAACGAGGUCAAGGACAUUCUGAGCAGUGCCGAGCUCCCAGACCCAAAAGCCAACUUGCUGCUCCCGGAAGAUGUGGCCCUGCGAAAUCUUCCCCCUCUAAAAAAUGCACACAAGAGGUUUAACUUUGAACAGGACCGGCCCAUUUUCUCACCGGUUGAGGAGUCUGUCGUUCGGAUUUGCUGCAUUCGGAGCUUCGGCCACUUCAUCACCCGCCUGCAAGGCAGCAUCCUGCAGUUCAACUCGGAGCUCGGCCUCUUCAUCAGCAUCGCGCAGUCGGAGCAGGACAACCUGCUGCACCAGGCGCAAGCCCAGUUCCACAUGGCUGCCGAGGAAGCUCGUCGGAACAGGCUGAUGAGAGAUAUGGCCCAGCUUCGACUGCAGCUGGAGGUUUCACAGCUGGAGGGAAGUCUCCAGCAGCCCAAAGCGCAGUCGGCCAUGUCUCCUUACCUUGUCCCUGACACCCAGGCCCUCUGCCAGCACCUGGCUGUCGUCAAGCAGUUGGCCACCAGCGGGAGGUUCAUCGUCAUCAUCCCUCGAACGGUGAUCGAUGGCUUGGACUUCCUGAAAAAGGAGAACGCAGGUGCUCGGGACAGCAUCCGGUAUCUGGAGGCGGAGUUUAAAAAGGGAAACAGGUACAUCCGUUGCCAGAAAGACGUUGGGAAGAGCUUUGAGAGGCAUAAACUGAAGAGACAAGAUUUAGAUGCCUGGAAUCUCUAUAAGAUACUGGACAGCUGCAAACAGCUCACGGUGUCCCAAGGGAGCGGCGAAGACGACACCACGGGGAUGGUCACCAUCAUCACGGGCUUCCAGCUGGAGGACCCGAGCGUGUUCUCGGCGCCCAUGCAGUCUGCCAUCCAGGCAGCCGCCAACGCCAGCGUAGAAAUAAAAAACGUUCUGGAGUUCUACAAGCAGUGGAAGGAGAUGGGCUGA